AUGGGGUGUGGGUCAUCAUAAGCAGAAGCUCCUGAUAAAAAGAAUGGAAACCAUACAUAAAAAAAUAGUAUUUCCUCUCCGGAUUCUGGUUUAGCUGAUAAACAAAAGCUAUACUAGAGAGCUUCAGGAAACUAUUUACUUAAAAAGGGAAAGUAUGAUCAGGCUAUCAAUCUAUUCAAUAGGGUCAUAGAAAUUGAUCCUGAAUUUGCUGAUGCCUAUUAUUCAAAAGCCAUUGUGGCUUUUGAAUAAAACAAAAUAUAGGAUGCAUAAAACUUACUUUAAAUAACUUUAGAAAAGCAGCCUGAUCAUGUUUAUGCGUUGAAUGAAGCCGGGUGCUUAAUGAUUAAAUAAAGAAAAUUUCCAGAAGCCUUAGACUACUUAGAGAAAGCCUUUGCGAAGCAGCAAAACUUCUCAGAAGUGAAUUAUAGUUUAGGUAUUAAUGAUUUAAUUCUUUGUUAAGCUUAUGCUUUAUCUAAAUUAAAUCGAAAGGAGGAAUCUCUAAAAUACUAUGAUUUAGCCAUAUAAGAGGACUCAUAGCAAAAGCACUUUUAUAUCAAUAAGGCCACAACCCUGUUUGAACUAAAUAAACACGAAGACGCUCUUAAAUGCGUUUCUGAGGCCUUAAAAUUAGAUUCAAAUUAUAUUGAGGCAUUAAUUACUUAAGGUACAAUAUGUAAUGAAAACUUAGGAAACAUAUAUAAAGCUACAUAGUAAUUUGAUAAAAUGUAUAGUACAUGCUUUGCAAUAUUGAAAUUAGAUAAUAACAAUAAGUUGGUUUUAUAAAUGAAAGAGGAGGCUGAAAAAAAUUUAAAUAUUUAAAUAACCGACCAACAAUCUAGUACUAUAAUUCCAAUCGAAGAUAAAUUAACUUUGGCUGAAAAUUUGGUUUCAGAAAAGUAGUAUGAUCAAGCAAGAAAGUUAGUUAAUUAAAUUCUUCAGAAAGAUCCUUAGCAUAAUUAAGCACUUCGAUUAAGUGCUAAGAUUUAGGUGGAAUAGGGGCAGUAUGGUGAUGCUUUGGCCACAUUAAAUAAGGUUUUAAGUCAAUAGCCAAAAGAUAUUAGUGUAUUAAAAGAAAAAGCGUUUGUAUUGGAAAAGUUGAAAAGAUUAGAAGACGCCUUGUAAUGUCAUAAUAUGAUCAUUGAUGAAGAAACAAAUUAAGAAAAGAAAGAAAAAUAAGCCAACAUGUAUAUGAAACUUGGAAAGGUGAAAGAGGCUUCAGAAAUAUUUGAGAGUCUAAAUGUAAAACAAAGUUUGGAUGAUCCAUAGACAUAUAUUUUCAAGGGAAAGUUGUUAUUAUCAUAGGAGAAACUAGAUGAAGGAAUGACUUUUGUACAGGAAGGACUUGAAAAGAAUAAAAACAAUAUUGAGAUUAUGUAGUUGCUUGCUUAAUUUCACAAGGCAAAAAAAAAUGAGAAAGAAGCUCUAAAUCUUCAUUAAUAAGUAUUAGAUAUUGACAAACAUAAUGAUUGCUCUCACUUUGAAAAAGGCUUGAUAUAUUGUGAUCAGAAUCUAUAUAAAAAAGCUUUAGAAUCUCUUCAUAAAAUAAACAAUUUAGAUUUUAAUGAGUUAUGUUAUUUUUAUUUUGGAUUGUGCUAUAAUAAGAUCGAGGAUUAUAAGAAUUGCAUAAAGAAUUUGAAUACUUAUGUAAAAAUUGGAAGGGUAAAUUUAGAAUAAGCCUAUUUUAUGUUAGGUGGUUCUAAUUUGUUUUUGUUAAAAUUUGACGAAGCAGAAGAAAAUUAUCUAGAUUGCAUAAGGUAGAAUCCAAAUAAUGCAGAAGCUCAUUAUUAGUUAGGAAAUGUAUAUAAACAGGACAAAUAAAUUGAAGAAGCCAAAAAGUAUUUUGAAUUAGCUCAUAACCUUGAACCUUAUAAUGAAACGUACAAGUAGACUUAUGAAACCUUUGUGAAUGAAAAAAACUAUUUAGUUGAAUACAGCAACAGUUUACUAUUUACUUUAUCUACUUUGAUUGGGUUAUGCUAAUUAAAUCAAAAGUAGCAGGAUUAUGAUCAGCAAAAGAGUGAGAAAUAUUUGAACCUUUUACUUCUUUUAGAAACUAAUCAAAAAAAGAGAUUCAAUACUAUUGAAAAUCAUUUUGAAUAACUAAAAUAAUUAAUAGCGAAAUCUUAUGAUAUGUAGUAUACAGUCAUAGAUGACACUCUGUUUCCAAUAAUGCAGUAUUGGCAUAAUCAGAAGAUUUGUAAGAAGAAGAAGGAUGCUAAUGACUUUGUGUCAUCGAUCAUUCAUACAGUUAAACUGCUAGUGAAUAUCAACAGCGACAAGAUUCUUAAUGUAAUUAAUAGUGAAAAAUCUUUAAACAAUAAAUAUUGCGUUGAAUUUGCCAAUAAAAGCUAGCAUGAAUUAUAUAAGAAUAGAAGUGGAUGUUUAGGAUUGGUUGAUGGUAUCAAGAUUCUUGGAUUUCUAUUAAAAUAUCACAAGGAUUUCAGUAAAGAUCGAAUGGCCUUCUCUGAACUUCUAGCUACGAAAUAUUAAGUUGAAGAAAUAUAGAUUUUUCAUGAAUCCUACUUUAAAUAAUGA